UCCACAGUCCAACCUCUACUGGAACUCUGUUCAGCUUUGGUUGCUGGAAGUAGGGCGCAGUCAACUCUUUUAAUUUAACUUUUCGCAUGUGUGAAGCGUUGGUAAACUGGGGCUAGAGGAGAGAGUAUAUCUGAGAAAAAAUAGAAACCUCGCCCCAUUAGAGCAGUAAGCUUCGCCUCACUCAGCGGGAUAGCUUUUACAAAGGGAAGAAACAGAAAAGACAGAGACAGGUGUUUACAGGAGAAGCAGCGUCCGCCUCGUUUUGCUGUCAACAUGUUCAAGAAAAAAUCCUCAAAAACGAUCACGCAACCGAAAAAGGCCACAGCCGUUGAGCUGUCUGAUCUGGUCGAGAAGCUGCAGAAGAAUGCAGACAAGGUGGAGAAGCAAAUCUAUGAGACAGAGCUGAACUUAAACAAGGAUGUGACUAAGAUCAACGAGGGCAAGCAGCCUCUGUACCAGGACGACACCAACAAGCGCAUCCUGAACGCUCUGGAGCUGCUGCAGGUACUGGAUGAGGACACGGUCAACGUGGUCCGCCUGCAGCACCCUCAGGCCGAGAUGAUCGAGCAGGAUAUGAAGCAGCUGAGAAACCGAGUGAAGAAGCUGAAAGAUGACCACAGCCGGAUCUACCAUCUGACUCGCUCCGAGGGGUUGCCCAGCGUAAACUGGGGCAACAUCAUCGAUGAGAAACAGGGCAGCCUGAACAACAAGGCCUUUGGUGAGGACCUGCCGACUGUGGAGAGAGAGCUGGAAGCUCACAACAUCUUCCACAGUGAGGUGGAGGCUCUGGGCCUGCAUAUUUCAGAGGGCGGUGACAAGGACUAUGUCAGUGGUAUCCAACUGAAGUACAGCAAGCUCCUGGCUGCUUCCAGUGCCCGACAGCGCCACCUGCUGACCCUGCGUGACUACAUGCAGCGCUGCACAAACGAGCUGUACUGGAUGGACCAGCAGGCCGAGGAGAGGAUGAGCUACGACUGGAGCGACACCAACCUGGACUUCCCCGCCCGUCAGAGACAGUAUGAGAACUUCAUCAGCAAGAGCCUGGAGUCCAAGGAGGCCUCAGUCACCCAGCUCAACGAGGAUGGGGAGAAACUCAUCGCUGCAGGCCAUCCUGGCAAGAACGUCAUCGAGGCUCACAUGGAUGCGGUGCACGCCGACUGGAAGGAGUACCUGAAUCUGCUGAUAUGUGAAGAGAACCACCUCAAACACAUGGAUGAGUACCACAAGUUUCACAAAGAUGCCAGGGACACUCAGGACCUCCUGAAGAGACUGGACAUGGAAGUAACCCAGAAGUACAAACCAGACUAUAAGGACAUGUACCAGACGGAGAGCCUCAUACGAGACCUGGACGACCAGGUGAAGGCCAUGGACCACUUUGAUGAGCGUGUGAAGGUUCUGGAGAAACGCAGCCUGCAGGUUCUCCCUCUCAAGUUUCGCAGGGAAACUCCACAGAAGCUUCUGCCUGUGGAGGCGCUGUGCGAGUUUGACACUGAAGAGGGUCAGAUCCAGCGUGGGGAGCGGUACACCCUCCUGAGUAAGAAGGGGAACAAGUGGGACGUAAAAGAUUCGGUGGGGCAUAAAAUCACAGCUCCAGGGAUCUGCUUCAUGUUCCCCCCUACAGAUCCAGAGUCUGUCGCCGUCGCCACCAAUCUGGCUGCUCAGCAGAAGGGCAUCAAGUCGAAGGUAACUGGCAGUAGGACCGUCCUGGUCAAACGCCUGGAUGAACUGAAGAAAGACAGCAGCUUGGGCUCUGAUAAAGAGGAGCAGCAGUGUCGUCAGUUGAUGGCUGGUCUGGACAAGGUGACCAGCGAUCUGGACAAACAGCAGAAGGCCAUCUACACUCGAGUGCGCCCUCCACUGGAGAACACCAGGCCACUACAGGACAGCGCCGAUCGCCUGCAGGACAUAAAGGACAUUGCGACCGUGGUGCGUAAAAUCGAGCCAGAGAAGUCGUCCAAGGUUAAGGAGGCCGAGUCGUUCCUGAAGUCCAACCCCAAGUGUGCCAGUGCCCCUCAGCUGAACGGAAAGGUCAACGAGGUCAACAACAAAUUUGACAAGAUCAACCUGCUGCUCAAGUGCUCCGAGGAAAAGCUUCAGAAUUCCAACCGCCUGGAGAACUCCCUUCAAAACGGCAAAACUUUAUUGUCCGGCUUUGAGAACAAGCUGGCCAGAGAAGAAGUCGCUCCAGCAGACAUCCCAUCUCUGGAGAUGACACAGCGCCAACUAUCUGAAAUUGCAUCAGAAUUGAAGGCCAAUAGGUCUGUGGUGACAGAGACGGAAGCCAAUCUGCGCGCCGCCAAAGGCAGCUGUGACACCAUGGCAACCAAAUUACAGGAGCACUGCUCCGACAUUGACAGGCAGGAGGGCGAGGUCCUGAAAUUAAACAAACGCUACGACAACCUCAACAGGCAGAUCGACAUCAGAUCACAGAGCCUGCAGAGAGCCAAGAUUUCGUACAACAACUACCGUAGCGAUUACGACACGCUGAACAGUUGGCUUUCCCGUGUGCCAAACUAUGAGCCCACUGAAAAGGAUAACCUCAGCCAGGUGGAAACCAAACUGGAAAACCAGAAAAAUCUGCUGUCCAACAUCAAGAAGAAGGAAUCUGACUUGAACAAUGUGUCGAAAAACGCACAACAAUACCAACAAGCAGUCAAGAGCUAUGAGAAUGAAACGGAGAAGUUCAAGGCUCUUCUGGAACUUGAAGACGGACUGGUCCCCCAAACAUACAAGAGAAGCAGAUUAGAAUCACCCGCUCUCAGGGUCAAGGACGAGGAAUCUGCCAUUGAAGCUAAAUUCACUGAAGUGAAUGCAGUUAACAAGCAAAGGCUGGCAAAUCUGCAGUUUGCCCAAAACCUUAUGAAUCAGCAAUCAGAAAUGAUUGUCUGCAACAAUGUCCAGCAAGUCAAAUCUGCUGCUCCUGGAGAAGAAGCCUGGAGGAUCAAGAGUCAACUGAAGGAUGAGAUCCAGAGAAGGGAGCAGCUGGAGAAGGAUCUGGAGAAAAUCCAGAGUGACAUUUAUGUCCUGGAGGGCCAGAAGCCAGAGGACACCAUUGUCAAGAAGGAGACCAUCAAAAAGGUUCCGGAUCCUACUUUGGUUGAGGAGGUCCACAAUCUCCGUCAGAAACUGUCAGACGAAACCCGGUCCAGCAGAGCCCUAGAAAAUGACCUGGAGGCAUUGAGACUGAAACUGCGUGGCAUUGAGACAGAGGUCAAAGAAGGAGCGCAGCAGUAUACUGUGAAGGAAGUACUGCGCAUUGAGAAGGACCGCGGGCAGGUGGAGGAGGUUCGCAGGCUCAGGGAAGAGCUGGAGGAGCUGCGGAGGCAGAAGAUGAUCAAGGACAAUGAGGUCAUUCAAAUCCAGAAGCAUGUCACACUCCUGUCUGAGCAGAAGUCCAAGGAGCAGGAGGUGAUAACCGAGGAGGAAGUGAUUAAAGUGCAGAAUGACCCACAGCUAGAGAACGAGUACCGCGUCCUCCUUGAUAGGAAGCAAAAGGAACAAGAGAGUAGGAAGCAGCUGGAGGACGAGCUGCGUUUCCUCCAGGACAAGCUCCGCAGGCUGGAGAAAGAAAAGUCCAUGGCUGAGGAGAAGAUCUCCAUUAAGGAGGUUCUGAAGGUAGAGAAGGACAUAGCCUUCGAGAGGGAGGUAGAGAAUCUUAAGAGACAGCUUGAGGACGAGAAGGCUAAUCGUCGGUCCUACCAGAGAGAGCGCACUGACCUUGAACGGAAGAUUUCCAGUCUGGAGGAGGAAAAAUCGAGGGUCAUGGUUCAGGAGAAGGUGAGGGAGAUUGUCCGACCUGACCCCAAGGCUGAGGCAGAGGUGGCCAACCUGCGCAUGGAACUGGUGGAGCACCAGAGAAGGUACAGAGAUGCAGACCAGCAGCUGAAAUCCCUCCAGGAUGAGUUGAAGAUGCUGAGGAACAGAGGGCCGCAGAUUGAGGUCAAGGAGAUCAUCAAGGAAGUCAUUAAGUACAAAACGGACCCACAAACUGAGAGGGAGCUGGAGAAGCUCCGCAACGAGAUUGUGGACAAGACACACCAAACAGAGAAGUCAGAAAUGGAGAUCAGACAGUUGAGAGAAGAGAUCCAAAGAUGGAAGGACACCAAGCCCCAGGUGCAGGUCAAGGAGGUGGUCAAUGAGGUCCUGGAGUACAGAGAAAACCCCAAGACCAAGGAGGAGAUUGAAACCCUGAAAAGGAAGCUGGCAGAUGAGCAGAAGAAGCGUCUUGACCUUGAGAAAGAGAGGUUGGCCAACGAGGAAAAGAUCCGGCUGAGGAAGAUUGACCUUUCCCAGGUCAGGGAAAAGGUGGUCCAGCAAGAGGUAAUUAAGCUGGAGGAAGACCCCUUACUGAAGUCUGAGUGUAACACCUUUGUCCAGAGCAUUAACAAUGAACAGAAACAGAGGGAGACCCUGAAAGAGGAGCUUUACCGUCUGCAGAAACAGAAGGCCGACCUGGACGAGCAGCUGGAGGAGCUGGAGCGAGAACGCAGGGCGAGGCGUGACGCAGAGCUGGAGAUCCAGAGGCUAAGGGUUAGGUUGAACGAGCUUGAAAUCAGAGACAAGGAGAACCGAGAGAGGGUGACGGUAAAACAGAAGGUGGUGCUCCAACAGGAUCCACAGCAAGAGAAAGAGCACUCAGUUCUCAAGCUGCAGGUAGAGGAGGAGAGGCACAAACGCACCUUGCUUGAGAAGGAGCUGAACAUCCUGCUCGAAAAGCAGAUCACACUGGAGAAGAUGGAGGUGAAGGAGAAGGUUGUGCGCACUGAGACAAUCCAGGUGGAGAAAGACCCAGAGGCUGAGCUGGAGAUUGAGACCAUGAAGAGGACACUGGACCAGGAGAAGCAGAGGAGGCGCGAACUAGACCAGGACCUAAACACUCUUAAAUCCCGCCUGUCCGAAAUGGAGUUCACAAACUCCAAGUCAUCCAAGGAGCUGGACUAUAUCCGAGCUGAAAGCAACCGCUUGCAACAGGAGAACCAGCGCCUACAGAACGACAUCCGUCGGCUACAGUCCGAAAUCACAAUCACUUCCACAGAGACCCAGAGCAUCACCAAAUCUGCUCCCAUGGAAAAUGGCAAGAACCUGGAGCUGAGGCUUGACUUGCUGCAGAAAGAGUUGGCUGAGCUCAAGGCUGUCACCAGGCAGAAGGACGAGGAGAUUGAAAAGCUACAGAAAAGCAUAUCAGCCAUCAGGGUCAAGAAGGAACAGAGGGAGAGCCACUUGAGGAGAUCAAUCGUCGUCAUCGACCCAGACUCAGGGAAAGAGAUGCGGCCAGAGGAGGCCUACAAGCAGGGGCUCAUCGACUGGAAGAUGUUUGUAAAUCUCCAGAGCCAGGAGUGCGACUGGGAGGAGAUCACUGUCAAGGGCCCCAAGGGAGAGUCCUCGGUUCUCCACGACAGAAAGUCAGGCAAAAAGUUCUCCAUUGAAGACGCUCUAAAGGCAGGGAACAUAACAAACCGCCAACUGCAGCAGUACCACAACAAAGAGAUAACCAUACAGGAAUUUGGUGUCAUGGUGUCAGGCCAAACCAAGUAAAAAAAAAAAGAGAAACAUCUAAAAAUGUAUUUAUAUACGCCUACCAUGUGUGCUCUCCUCCUCUUGACUAUCUGCAUUUCUUGAUAUUGAAUUUUACUACAUUCCAUUCUUCCAAAAUAUGUUUCAUUCAGAAAUGUUUGAUUUAACAUUAAACUAAAUGUAUUUUUCUAUCUUUUCUCUUUUUAAAAACAUUGCACUGUUGUAUUUAUUUCCAAAUGGUUAAUACAGUAUAAAUGCACAAACCAGUGGUCUGUUUGAAGUUUGACAUAGUUGUUUGUAGCUAAGUUGACCUGUAAUGGUUGGUUAAGGGUAUACUAUCUAUCCCUGGAAUAAGCUUGUUAAACUGGGUUAUACUGGGUACAGGGUUAAAGGUAACACUUAAAAUGUCUUUACUUUGUUUUGAAGUGGAAAUACAAACCAUACACAAUGGCACAGUUGAAUUGUAUUGUUCUUCUUUUGGCAUGCUACUAUAAAACUGUCUUGUCUGACCUGUUUUAUCUGUAUAACAUAAAUAAAACUGUAAAGAAAUUAA